CGUUUAAAUCCAACCAUGGGCUCCACAAUUCUUCCUCAGGCUCUCAUUUCAAUCCCACGAACUCUUCCUCAUUCUUCAAAACUAGGGUUUCCCGUUCUCUCCUCUCUCCCCCGAUUCAGCUCGGCAAUCUCGCCCUGCAUCAUCCAGCCGAGAAAGCGAUCUUUUGUCGUGAAGGCGGAAUUGAAUUCCGAGGAAGAAACCGCUGAAGAAAUUGCAGAAGAAGAAAAUUCGGAGGAAACGGGUUCGGAUCCUGAAAUUCCCGACGCUGAAGAAGAGGAACGUCCUCAGAGGAAACCACGAGUCAAGCUUGGCGACAUAAUGGGGAUUUUAAACAAGCGGGCGGUUGAGGCAGCAGAGAAGGAACACCCUGUGCCAGAUCUCAGGACUGGGGACAUCGUAGAAGUUAAAUUGGAAGUCCCAGAAAAUAGGCGCCGGGCUUCCAUCUAUAAAGGCAUAGUUAUAUCGAAACAAAAUGCAGGUAUUCAUACUACGAUUCGAAUUCGGAGAAUCAUUGCUGGUAUUGGCGUCGAGAUCGUUUUCCCUGUAUACUCCCCUAACAUCAAAGAGAUAAAAGUUGUUAAACAUAGGAAGGUUAGGAGGGCAAGGCUGUACUAUCUGAGGGACAAGCUUCCAAGGCUGUCUACCUUCAAGUAAACUCUACAAUGUACACGUAAAUGCCCAUGACAGUUCCUGUUUUGUUGAUCUUAAAAAAAAAAAAAAAAUUGUUUUCAUGCCCCCCAAGUUGUGGUUGUGGUCUUUUUUUCUUUCUUUUUUCCCUAGAGAUUCGGGACGCAUCACUUGUUUUAUUCUCAAGAUCAUUUUUGGUUGUUUUGUAGGUAGUCAAUGUUAAUGCAAGAAAUCUGGGGUGCAUCGGGUGGA